AUGGAUGAAAUCGACCUUCAUGAAGCAUAUAGUGGUCACCCGACUGUAUUCUCCAUCAAGUUACAUUAUAGUGGAGAGUUCACAAAGUUCCCUAGCAGAAAAUACGUGAAGGGAAAAGUAAAAUAUAUUGAUCUUUUGGAUAGUGAUACAUUCUAUGUUCACGACACUGAUGAAAUAAUGGAGGAGCUCCAUCAAGUCGAGGAGGCACCCACUGUUAAGUUUGAUCUUAAUGGACCUGAUGUGGAUGAGUUUGAUCUUAAUGGUGUUAAUGUUGGUGUGGACAAAGGUGGAGGGGAUUCUCAGGAAUUAUCUGAUAGUGAUGAUAGUGAUUUUCUAAUCGAUGAGGAUAAGAUUAUAGAUGAACCUGAGGUUGAUAUGAAAGAAUAUUUUCUACACAUUGACAAGGAUUUAGAGUGGAUAGGUAAUCAUUCAUGACCUAAGAAGAAGAGAAGGAAGUCCGUGGUUGAACUUGAAGAGAUGGUGCAAGGUGGUAGGGCUACAAGGCAAGAGAAAUUUGUCACAUGCUUAAAAUGCAAGAAAAAUGGUCAUAACAAAAGGAGUUGUGAAAGUCAUAGUAGUGCAAGUGGUGCAGGUCAAACCAAUGCAAGUGGCACAGGUAAAAGCAGAGCUAGUGGUGCAACUGGUGUAGGUCAAAGCAAUGCAAGUGUUGCUGGUAAGAAGAGACCAAGUGUGACUUUAAAGAAGAGCAAGACAACAGACUAA